AUGUCUUACGAACGUGCAGAAGUAUAUAGUGCUAAUGUCUUGCCUGGUGAAACUCCAGCUGACAACUCAUUCAAUGAAAUUAUUAAAGUCUUCCGUAACUUCAUUCUUGAGUUCAGAUUGAACACCCAAUUUAUCUAUCGUGAUCAAUUGAGAGAAAAUCUCCUAAUUAAGAACUACUUCCUUAAGGUCAACACAGAACAUCUCAUUGGGUUCAAUGAAGAAUUAAAUAAAAAAUUAAGUGAUGAUCCAACUGAAAUGAUUCCACUUUUUGAGAGUGCCAUCUCUCAAAUUGCUAAGAGAAUUGCUUAUUUAUCCAAUGAAGAAGUACCAGAUAAUUUCCCAAAUUGUCAGUUAAUCUUAUAUUCUAAUGCUAGUAAGACUUCCAUUAGAGAUUUGGACUCUGAUCAUAUUUCCAAGAUUGUUAGAGUUAGUGGGAUCAUUAUUUCUGCCUCUGUUCUUUCAUCUAGAGCCACACAAGUACAAUUACUUUGUCGUAAUUGUAAGCACACAAUGAAACUUAGUGUCAAUUCAGGCUUUGGAAUGUUGAACUUGCCCAAUAAAUGUCAAGGUACUCACAACAUAGAAGAUACUCUGGCCGGUAACAAGUGUCCAGCCGACCCUUAUACCAUAGUUCAUGAUAAAUCAACCUUUGUUGACCAACAGGUGAUGAAAUUACAAGAAUCUCCAGACAUGGUCCCUGUCGGGGAAAUGCCAAGACAUAUCAUGCUUCAAGCUGACAGAUACAUGACCAACCAAGUGGUACCAGGUAUUAGAGUGACUUUAGUUGGGAUCUAUUCGAUUUAUCAAUCGAAACAAAAGGGAGCCAACGGGAAUGCUGGCGCGGUAGCAAUUAGAAAUCCAUAUCUUAAGAUUUUGGGGAUUCAAACCGAUGUGGAUAAUACCAUUGGUGGAGAAGGUCUUACCUUUAGUGAGGAAGAAGAAGAAGAAUUCUUGAAGUUAUCUAGAUUGCCAAACUUGUAUGAAGUAUUCUCCAGAUCGAUUGCCCCAUCUAUCUAUGGUAAUGAAGAUAUCAAGAAGGCUAUCACCUGUUUACUUAUGGGUGGUUCUAAGAAGAUUUUACCAGAUGGGAUGAGACUUAGAGGUGAUAUCAAUGUUUUACUUUUAGGUGAUCCAGGUACUGCCAAGUCUCAAUUAUUGAAGUUUGUAGAAAAAAUCUCGCCAAUUUCGGUUUAUACAUCCGGUAAAGGUUCUUCUGCCGCUGGUUUGACUGCGUCCGUUCAAAGAGACCCUCAAACAAGAGAUUUCUAUUUGGAAGGAGGUGCCAUGGUCUUGGCUGAUGGUGGUGUUGUUUGUAUUGAUGAAUUCGAUAAGAUGAGAGAUGAAGAUCGUGUGGCUAUCCACGAAGCCAUGGAACAACAGACUAUUUCCAUUGCCAAAGCAGGUAUCACAACCAUUUUAAACUCUCGUACUUCUGUUUUAGCUGCUGCUAACCCAGUGUUUGGUCGUUAUGAUGACUUGAAGAGUCCUGGUGAAAACAUCGAUUUCCAAAGUACUAUUUUGUCCAGAUUUGAUAUGAUUUUCAUUGUUAAGGAUGAACAUAACGAGGCAAGAGAUAUGACCAUUGCUAAGCACGUUUUAAAUAUUCAUGCUGGGAACACCAAUAAUAAUCAAGAUCAAAACCAAGAAGGUGAAAUUCCAAUUGAUACUAUGAAGAGAUAUAUCCAAUAUGUUAAGUUGAAAUGUGCGCCUAGAUUGAGUCCAGAUGCCUCUGAAAGAUUAUCAUCUCAUUUCGUAUCUAUUAGAAGAAGAUUACAGAUCAAUGAAGCCGAUAUGAACGAGAGAUCAUCUAUUCCAAUUACUGUCAGACAAUUAGAAGCCAUUAUCCGUAUCACCGAGUCCUUGGCAAAAAUCAGUCUUUCUCCAGUUGCCACGGCCGACCAUGUCGAAGAAGCUAUAAGAUUAUUUACUGCCUCCACCAUGGAUGCAGUUGAUCAAGGUGUUUCCAGUGGAGGUUUGAUCACUACAGGUGAAUUGAACAUGGAAAUCAAGAAGGUUGAACAAGAAUUGAGAAGACGUUUACCUAUUGGAUGGUCCACUGCUUACAAGACUUUGCGUCGUGAAAUCGUGGACUCCGGUAAGGCCAGUGCAGGUGCAUUGGACAAGGCAUUGUACAUUAUGGAACGUCAUGAAGUUAUCAAGUUCAGACAUCAACGUCAAAAUGUUCUCAGGGUAGGAAUUUAA